AUGGCAGAGGAGGAGGGUGAAAUUGUGGAAGUGCCUUUGGAGCCGGCCCCAGAUGAGGAGGCGGAAGCGCCGCCAGAGGGCGAAGAAGCAGAAGCUGCGGAUGCCGCUGAGCCUGCAGAAGAGGUGGAAGAAGCUCCGCAGCUGACGGAGACGGACAUCCUGGUGCGAAUGGGCACCUGCCCUCCGGCUGCGGGUGAAAGCGGCCUGAAAGGAAUCUUCAUCAAUGCUAAGAACUAUUUAUCCCUCGGCUUGGUCGACGAAGUUGACGAAUCCGACGAUGUGCCCUUUUCUGGGAUGAAGUUGAAGCCCUUCUUUCACCUCGCAAAGUCUGAGGUGCUGGACCAGGUGAAAAGAAUGGGCUUUGCUUCAGACUACCACCCUCAGCAGAAGGACUUCGAGAAAUAUCCGCUAGAGGACAUUCUCGUCCUUUUCGACCCUACCAAAGCGUAUGGCGAAAAGCUGGUAUGGUGCACCACCGAGGAGGCCUACAAGCGGGAGAUGGAGAGACUAGCCGAGCUCCGCCAGGGCGUCAUGGACGAGUUCGAGAAAGAGAAUGCGCCGGGGGAAGAAGCUGCCAUUGAGGAUGAGCCGGAAGAGAACAUCGUCAUUCGUGAUCUCCCCAAGGAGUGCAAAGAGUGGAAAUCGGAAACGGCGGAGGCGACCCAUGACGAGGUUCGUACCUUCACUGUGCACAAUAGCCGCCCACUCCUUGAGAUCAUGAUCACAAGGCCUCGCAGCCAGUUUGGGAAGUCGACGAAGUUCAGUGACUCAGGUGAAAACAACCAGAACUGCAGACCGCAGAAGGACCAUAAUUUCGCUCCUCCAAAGAAAGAGCUGGAGAUCGGAAUCCAGGCUGUGAAGGAGACGAGAACGUGCUCCUGUCAAACUACUUGGUUCCGGCCUGUCAACAAGUCCACGCAGUACAUUCCUGGGGACUUCCUGCAGAAGGGCGCUGACCUUGGCUAUGACAAGGUAGAUGAGCUCUCCAUGUUCCUCUCCACGGUCAGUGUGGGAGUCGAGGAGGCGCUGCAGACGAAUGAGACGGUCGACAUCUUCCAAGAAGAGUUUGCACACUUGGGAGAGGAGGAGGCCGGCGCAGUCACGAAGACCCACUCCAAGCUCAAGGAGCAUCCGAACUUCCACGAUGUGACCUACACAAAGGGAAAGCGUAUCGAAUGGGUCGAGUGGGUCCCGGGCUCCUCUGACAUGGUCGUGUCCUCGUGCUGCGAGAACCUGGCAUUCGUCGACCGCUUGGAGAGCUCGGGCAAGGCUUCUGUCAGCACCGUGUUGGUCUGGUCUUUUGCAGAUUCCCUCAGCCCGCACGCCAUCCUGGAGUCUCCUUGGGAGGUCACAGUCUUCAAGUUUUAUCCUAGCGACCCGACCUUUCUCAUCGGUGGCCUUGGCAAUGGACAGAUUGCUGUCUGGAAGCUGUCCGCCACCGACCUAGGUUUUGCGGCCGCAAAGGCGACGAAUCACGCUGCGCGUGGUGGGAGCCUGGAGGAGGAGAAGAACUCCACCAUCCCGACAGUCACCCACCGCCAGAUGUCGAUGAUCGAUGAGUCGCACCGAAAAGCGGUGGUCGCCAUCGAGUUCAUGCCUGCGACUAUCGAGGUGGAGCGCCGUGGCAAGGGAGCCAGCGAGAAGAAUCCACCAGAUGCACCCAUCAAGUAUUUCCUGACAGUGGCAGGGGAUGGCCAGGUCAUGAUCUGGGAUUUCCAGGCCAUGCUUGACGCCAUCAAUGACAAUGACUUCCUCUGGCGUCCUGUCCACCGCGUGCAACUGCAACGCCAGGACAGUGGUACCGAGAUGGGUCUCUGUCAUAUUCUGCACUGCCACGAUCGUUUUGACGACAAGGGUACCAAGUUGCUGACGAACUUCUAUGCCAGCACAGAAGAGGGCGAAUUGCUUCUUGGGGAUUGGGCGGCCCGGGGAGAAGAGGACCGGAAGGCGGAUGUUGUGAAGAAGAUGUACAGCACCUGCAAAACCUUCCGACCUAUGCUUUCCCUGGAGCGAUCGCCCUUCUUUGAAGACAUCCUGCUGGGCGUCACAGAUUGGGCCUUCUUCUUGUUCAAGGACGGGCUCAGUGAGCACCUCUUCAUGUCUUCCUACACCUCGACGUACUACACCCGCGGUGUAUGGAGCCCCACGCGGCCUUCGGUCGUCUUCCUUGGCCUCGUCAGUGGUGGGAUUGACAUCUGGGACUUCAGUGAUCAGUCGCACAAGGCGUCCCUCUCCGACACGGGCGCGUCCGUGGCGAUCACGUCCAUGAUGUUCUGCUACCAUGGUGACAUCAAGGAAGGGCAGAAGCUGGCUGUCGGAGAUGCGCAGGGGCACCUCCACAUCCAGAAUAUCCCAAAGAACUUGAUCAAGCCAGGUGGCAGAGAGAAGGAAAACAUGAGGCGCUUCCUCGAUAGAGAGGAGAAACGCGUUAAAUACUUCCAGGAGCGGCAGCAGGAGCUGAGAGACCUGAAAGACCUCAUGGAGAAGCAGGCUCAGAUGGCAGCCGAUGGUGCCGGGGAGAAAGAGAAGGAUAAGGCGGAGGACAAUGACAAGGAAGACGCAGCCGAGGCGGCCUACCAGCGGCUGGAAGCCGAGGUGCGAGAGCAGCUGGGGUCCUUGUGA